AUGCAGUCCACUGCUCAGGACCACGCGGACCAAGUCCUGCACGACCAGCUUCUCGCUGCUCAGCACCACCUGAACCGUCCUCAGGGUGCUCCGGGCCAGCAGCAGCACCUGCAGCCUAACAAUGCAAGCCCCCGCGAGCAGGCUAACAUCGACCCCGCCAUCUCGGGUGCUAUGAUGGGUACUCCCCAGACUCCCACCCAGCCUCAGGGCUCUCCCCCUUCUGAUGGUGGCUCCAAGAGUUACGGCAAGCGUGAGCUGUCCACCUCCAAGCGCGCUGCCCAGAACCGCGCCGCUCAGCGUGCCUUCCGCCAGCGCAAGGAGACCUACAUCCGCAAGCUCGAGGAAGAGGUCAAGAACAUUGACCCCCUCAAGGACCAGGUCAAGUCCCUUGUUGGCGAGAACUACCAGCUUCGCGAGUACAUCAUCAAUCUGCAGUCGCGUCUCCUCGAAGCCCAGGGCGAAGUUCCCGAGCUGCCUGCCAACAUAGAUUUGAGCCAGCCCCGAACCACUGAGAUGGCCCUCGCCUCGGCCGGGGUUCAGAACUCCAGCCCCUCCGGCUCGGUCCCUUCCUCUGGGCCCCAGCACCCGGGCUCUGUCUCUGAUGACAUGAACUCCCUGAACCGCAUCGCCGCCGCGACUCUGGGUAUGCGCAAGCACAACGAUGAUGCCAGCUUCCUGAACAACAACUUCCAGCAGAACAAGCGCGUUCGCACCGACGACAGUCAGGAUGGCUCUGAAGUGAACAAGCAGGAGAUGACUCACGGUCUUCCCAUGGUGAACUAA